AUGUCGCACAAGUGUGCAAAUGAAGAGAAAUGUGAAAUUACUCCAUUCACCAGAAAUAGCUGCCAGUAUUGUCGUCUUAAGAAAUGCUUUGCAGUUGGCAUGUCAAGAGAAGCGUCCCGACUUGGUCGCCGCCCCAAGCGUCUGAAAGAGGCUGGUGGAGAAUCCAAGUCCCACACCACUAACGUUCCCAUUGCACCGUACCCAUCACCAUUGGGUUCAAAUCGUCGGAGCAUGGCUGAUUUACAGAAGCUCAUUCAAAGCAAUGGUACUUUCAAGUCCGAUCUGAUGCAAGCUUUUCUUGCCGCAGCACAGGCCAGCUUCAAGGAGCAUGCCCAUAACUCAAACUCCCAUAAGCAGCAGGAAUCACCUGCUGCUGCUACUGCUGCUGCUGCUGCAGCAACCACUGCUACAGCCACCACAACCACCACCACCACCCCAAACACUAGCAACAGCAUUCCGAAUGGGGUGGAGUCUGGGUACUCAAGCCUGAACAGUCCAGCAAGUAGCAGUAGCCAGUCCCCUGUUCAUCUUCAGCCUCACCCUAAUGCAACCAACACAAAUAGCAGUACUCCCAACAACACUACUAAUGGCAGCACUGCCGCAGCCAGCAGCGCCAACAGCAACAACACUGCCAGUGUUCCCCCUCCCCCAGUGGCCACCAGCUCUAGCAAUACCAUUCAACUGAAUGGCAUCAGAAUGAAAACUGAACCUGUUGAGAACAAUAUAGCCAAUGGCGUGCAACCGAGUGCAGUCAUGGAUGGCAUAGGAGUGGCUAAUAUGAUGGCUUCAAAUGGUAUCAUUGCCAAUGGUAUUGCUAGCAGUGGCGUUGUCAGCAGUGCAGCUGAUAUCAUCCCAGCAAAUAUGCUCAACACAACUGCCAAUGGGCUCCCAAAUGGAAUCCACGAAGGCUGUACUGAAAGGAUCUCUACUGGCACAAAUAGCAACAAGGACACAAGCCCCUCGUCCUUUGUAAUGCCUGAGACGCCUAAUUCUACCUCAUCUGCAGCCCCUACUCCCCAGACACCAUCACAUUUUGAUGAAUCACAGUCAGUCAUCAAAGCUGAGCCCAAGUUUUCCCCUUGUCAAAUUGGAAGUCAGAGCAUACCUAAGUUCUUAAUUGAUAAAAUCAUCGAGGAAGGACGACAGGAGCCAUCAGAACCUCGAAAAAAGCUGAUUGAGCAAGUCACUGUAACUAUUGUUGAGGCUCAUAUGAUGACAUGUCGGGUAACACAUGAUGCAGUCUUGGAGGCCUACCAGAGAUGGGAAGAGAAUAAGAGUAAAAUCACUGCGUCUUUACAGACUCAAGAGAGUGCCUCUGAACAUAUGUGGGGGCAGUUCCUCUCUAAUAUGGUGCCUGAAAUCACAAAUGUUGUCAAAUUUUGUAAACGUCUCCCAGGUUUUUCAGAGAUUGAUCAAGAGGACCAAAUCAAAUUAAUCAAGCAAGGGACGUUUGAAGUCAUGCUGGCAAGGUUCUGCAUGUUGGUCAACCAUGACAACUACACCAUGUUUGAUCCGGACAUGAAAAUGCAAUGCCCCAGAGAAAUAAUCCGAGCCAUGCCACUGGGGAAGUUCCUUGAGGAGUUCUUUUCAAUGGCAGAAACCUUCAACCCUUUGAAGCUUACAGAUGGCGAAAUUGGGCUCUUUACAUCAGUCUUGAUUAUAUGUCCAGAUCGUCAAAAUCUUUCUGGAGUAAAAGCUAUUUCUAAAAUACAAGGACUCUUUUUACAAGCCUUGUAUAAUAAGAUAAAACACACUCAUGAGGAUUAUGAUACAUUGUUUGAAAGCCUUAUCCGAACAAUUCCAAUGUUCCGUGAAUUCAACCAUCAGCACUCAGUGUCACUCAACAACAUCCGCAUGAAAUCAACAAAAAGUCGAUUUGAUUUUCCUGAUCUGCACAAAGAAGUGUUUGAUUUCAGAAUGUAA